AUGACCUCGCACUCGUCCACCGCCCUACUCUCGAAGCGCCUCGCCGUUCUGCACGGACACCUGGCCGCUGCUCGCGACGCCCGCCUGGCGGUUGUGCCCACUGCCGGUGCCGCCGUAGCCGUGCCUCCGUCCGACUUUCUGGGGUUCGAGGAGCUGCUCGGUCCCGAGGAGCGCCAGUGGCGCGACAAGGCCCGCGCCUUCGCCCAGAACCACGUCGCCCCGAUCAUCGACAAGUACUAUGAGAAGGCUGAGUUCCCCUUCGAGCUGCUGCCCAAGCUCAAGGAGCUCGGCAUCAUGGGCGGCACCAUCAAGGGCUAUGGCUGCCCCGGCAUGUCGUUCAUGAGCGCGGCGAUGGUUGUGCUGGAGUUGGCGCGGGUGAAUUCGGAGUUCGCCGGAUUCUUCAUCAUCGUGACCUACCUGGUCAUGCUGUCCAUCGAGCAGUGCGGCAGCGAGGAGCAAAAGCAAAAGUGGCUGCCUCGCCUGGCCAGCGCCGACGCUGUCGGUUCGUUUGGACUGACUGAGCCCGGCGCGGGCAGCGACGCCAGCGGUCUGCAAACGACCGCUAAGAAGGUGGCCGGCGGCUGGAGGCUCAACGGCCAGAAGCGAUGGAUCGGCAACGCCACCUUCGCCGAUGUGAUUAUCAUCUGGGCGCGUAACGAAGAGACGGGCGAGGUGAACGGCUUCCUCGUGGAAAAGGGCACCAAGGGCCUUCGCACGGAGAAGAUCGAGAACAAGAUGUGCUUCCGCUGCGUGCAAAACGCGGACAUCUACCUGGAGGACUGCGUGGUGCCCGAGAGCGCCCGGUUCCCCAACGCCGACUCGUUCCUGAAGGGCACCGCCGGCAUCCUCUCAGCUUCCCGCAUCUUUGUCGGUUGGCUUCCGGUGGGUCUGGCGAUGGGCUCGUACGACGCGGCGCUCAAACACCUGAAGGAGCGUCAGCAGUUCGGCAGUCCGCUGGCCGCGUUCCAGCUUAUGCAGGAGAAGCUCGUGCGCAUGCUGGCCAACGCCCAGGCCAUGUACCUCAUGUCCUGGCGCCUCUCCGAGCUCUUCGUCAAGCAUGGCCAGGUCACUCGCGGCCAGUCCUCCCUCGUCAAGGCGCACAACACGCUGAAGGGACGUGAGUGCGUGGCACUGGCACGAGAGGUGCUGGGCGGCAACGGCAUCAUCUACGACAAUGUGGUGGCGCGCCACUUCCUCGACAUGGAGGCCGCCUACACCUACGAGGGCACUUACGAAGUCAACGCGCUGGUUUGUGGCAGGGAGAUCACCGGCAUUGCUGCCUUCAAGGCACCCAAGAACAAAUAA